GGCUGCCCCGGUGCCCGCAUUCCAGCUGGAGAGCGGGGCCGCGCUGAGGACGGGUUCCCCCUCUGCUUGCGCCUGGAGCUGGGGGUGUCCUAAGCCUGCCUGGAGCAAGGCAGGUGGGCAGACAACCUGCGGCAGACCCCUGCCUGGCUUCUCAGUGCCAGGCCUGAGCCCAGGCCUCCUGCUGGCAGAGCUCACAGCCAGGCUAGGGCUUGAGAUGUGGUUGCAACUGAUGCCUAAUGUGGACCAAAAGAGUCUCUAACCCGAGAACAGAGAAGACAGGCUGAUGAUGUUCCAUUAGAUGUGUUUUGACAGCACACGUGAGAGGUGAGCAGUGAGUAUUGAAAUGGACAGUGUUUCCUCAGGCUCCUCUCUGCAGCUCCUUGCCAAACUGCUUCAUGAUGCUCCACAAGAAGAUGAUGGUGAUGAUGAUGAACAUGGGCCACACUGUUCUGUCAGCACCUUGACUCCUGGUAAUAUUGGACCACUAAAGAGGGAGACCUCUGACACUUCUCAAGUGAAAUCUGAAAACAGGAAAACUAUUUGGAAUACAGAGGAGGUGCCAGAAGGAUCUGAAUUUGAUGAUACCUGGGACGCCAGGGAACAGCCAGAGUAUCAGAUCUUAUUCAAACAGUGUGUAGGAACAGAGGAUGUCUUCUUUGGGAUGAGCAGGAAAGACCACUCCACAGCCUGCUGUGAAGACAUGGUGAUUAAGAUCAAGCUGCCAGAGACUAAGUACUCAGACAUUACAUUAGAUAUCCAGGAGAAGGUUCUUGACCUCCGAACUCCCAAAAAGAAGCUGCUGCUGCACCUCCCCUACCCUGUAGACAGCAAGAAUGGUAAAGCUCGUUUUCUCUCUGAAGAGGAGACCUUGGAAGUCACCUUGAGGAUAUCAAGGCAGUUUGAUUUCAUAAAUUUUGCCUGAUGGACAAUGAACAAGUUUGCAAAAAAGAAGUAGUCUCUCAGUUGGAAAUCUUCUUAAAGCCUAACUGGUCAUGAAAUAGUGGGUUGUUUUCCUUGAACAGUCCUGGGGGAAUAUCCCUGGAGAAAUUAAAUUAGUCAGGAGGAACACAGCACCCAUAGGUGCUAUAAACUAAGGCUGUCCCAGCUCUUGCACUGCUCUGGUUAAUGUUCUGCUUCCUUCAGUCUAAUACUGGUUCUGAGAAUGAGAAAAUAGGAGAUAACAAUUCUGGAAGCCAGAUAAAGUCUUUUUGUGGUUAUGGCUGAUAAGUAAGUAGCACAAUGAGGCUCUGGCUGAUGAGUCUGGUGCUUAGUCACUGUUCCAAGACUUUGAAGUGGCAAUAUUCUUGCUUGGCCUCCAAUGCUGGGACUGGGAACAGUUUAAAAUCUCCUCAGCUACUUCUUGAUGAGAAGAUCAAAGCUCUUCAGGGUUCCACAGCCACAUCUGAUGCUCCUUCACACCAGUAGAACAAGAUAACAAGCUGUAGUUGGAUUGUUAAACAACUCUUCUGAACAAUUUUUGACAGUGCGGUUCAGUGUCCCCUAUUCACAUGCUGUCCUGCCAGCUGUUUUUCUAAUCUUUCUUGAGUAAUAA